UAACAAUAUGUCUGGAGCAAACAUUAUUGUUUACCUACCUAAGUUUGUUUUAUAAAGUGAGAAUUUCCAAAAGCUAUUAUCGUCGAAGAUGACUCGCAGAGCCAUCAGCACAGUUGGCAGCGCGCCACGGCCGCCACGGCAGUGACAGUGAGUCAGCGAUAGUGCGACCGAACCACCCGGGCAACUCACCUGUGUCAAAGGAUAAUCGUCCUUCCGCCACAGAUAUAGAAGCUCCGCUAUCUCUCUUUUCGUCCUUGUUGUUGUCUACACCGAGUGCGGCGGCGCGAUCGAUAAGUUGCACCCCGCCCCUUGCAACCCGGGCAUUGGAAACGAAAAACCCGGAUAACAACUGAAAAUAUUCAGCCCAGUUCAAGGCCGGUCGGACUAGCUUAUUGCGAUUUAAAGUGUGCAAGGCAGUCGCCAAUGUCGGUUCAGUACAUACGCGUCCGUGCCCCGAGGUAGACAACAAAGGUACACCGCGAUACCGCAGCGAUGGCUUCCAAAGUCCUGGUUCCGACUGGGCCGUUCACUAAACUGCAAGUGAAGAAAUCGCCAGCUGAGCCGAGCAGCAGUGGUUUCGUAUUGGCCGGCGAUGCCGCCGCCAGGGUCGCGCAUUUGGAGCACAGCGUGCGCUUUCUUCAGGAACAGCAUAGGCUGAUGCUUAGUGGACUCCAUACGGAGAUUGAAGCACUCAGGGAGAGGAACAGGGAUCUUCAAUUCCAAUUGAUCUUCAACAAGGAAUCUUCUCUGAAGGCAACACCGCCCACUGCGGCUGAAAAUGGCGAGAACGCUGAGGAGGCAAAACUAAAGGCCGAGGUGUCCCGUCUCGAGCGCGAGGCGGCGGCAGCGCGGGGCGAGGCGCGAGCUGCCGAGGCACGCGCACUGCAGUUGCAGAGGCUGAUUGAUGCUCAGACUGAGAAACUCAAGUCGCUUUCCCUCGGCCCGUGCGCUUGCGAGGCGUCAGAAUCGCGCGCGGAGCUGCGCGCGCGGCUCAGCGACGCCGAGCGUCUCGUGCGCCGGCUGCGGGGCGACGCCGAGCGCCAGCGGAGAGAGGUACACACGGGCGGCUCCGUCACUAACCUACUGUUCGACGGAGCGCAGCACCUGCAAUGCAUGAAGAAUUCACUGCAUGCGUCUCUCCGAGCGUCGGGAUUGGACGGCACCUAUGGCUUCCAUAACAGCUACUUCCCGCCUGUGAACGCGCCGGAUUUCUGGAGGGAACCGAGCAGAGAAGAGUACGCCAAUUCGAUGAUAGCACGCCAGCAGCGCAACUCGCGGCGCCCCCUGACUUUGCCCGAGCUGUCCGGCCAGCAAAUACAUCGUUCAACUGUGUACGCUAAUCAACACACACGGCCUCGGAAUGGGUACGAGAAGAAGAAGCAGGCCGUCAACGGAGACGCCGCCUGCAACACAACGGACGAACCUCCAGACAAGCACCGUUUAAUUCCGAUACGCACGAACGAUAGGAAACCCUGUUUACCGAAAUUGGACUCUAGCAAUAGAUAUCCAGAGUUGAAAAUCGUUGUUACAAAAAUGAUGCCACAAGUACUUGCGGUAUCCGGCCCCGGCGCGUCGGCCGCAGCCGCCGCCGCGCCGCCCGGGGCUCCCGCGCAGCGCGCGCGGCAGCGGCGCGCGCACCGCAAGCACGCACAAACCGACCACACGUAAUGCGCACAACCAAACACAAGGACACUAUUAUAGGAUCCUUCGAUGUUUUAAGUGAACGGCCCGCUGAGUGGAUGGAUAAUGUAAAGAGCCUAGCUAGCACCGGUUUCAUAAUUUUGAGAGCUGUGUGAUCUCCUGCCGAUUUUGCUUUCGUGCAUUCGGAAUUCACAUAAACAUCCAGGUAAUUUUCUGUUAAACUUCGGCUAUGUGAGGCAGUGAAACUUCUUAACAUGAACGUAUGUUAUGUAUUCUGUGAUUUCUGUGCAUAUUCACAUUUAAGGAUUUAUUGUGUCUACUGUCGAGUGACAUUAUUUAUCCACUAAGCUGCCCAAAGACUGUAAAAUUAACAAAGGCGAACCUUUACCUGAAGCGACUAAGGCCCCGACGAGAAAUUAGUUUUUUCCGCAAUAUAAAAUACCCAUUACAUCCUAUAUAAGUACUUAUUGGAAUGUAUAAGAGUGAAAUGGGUAGAUAUUGUGCGAUAAACCUUGCUUGUCUACGGGCUUCAUUAAUACCUACUCGUACUCAUUAUUGGCCGAUGGCCGCGCACCGACGACUAGCCAUGAAUGACGGACAAUGGCAUCUAAGUGGAAAACUCCAAACUAGAAAAUUAUUACCUACUAAAUGGAUAUACCGGAGAACUAUAGCGCGCUAAGCUGAAAAGCGUAUUUGUAAGUUUAAUGAUAAAGUAAUUUAUUUAAAAAAAGAUCUUAGAGGUAAUACGGGGUGAAUGGGGGCAAAUUUAGGCUAAAUAACGAUCAACGCAUAUCGAAAUUGCUGAAGUCCUCAGUCCUUGUGCAUAGUGUUUUUGAUGGCUUGAAGUAACUUCAAUUACGUUACGAUUUUACGAGGACUUAAGCACGUUUUAUAUGCGCGUGUUGCUUGUCACAAAAAUAUGCUAGUUGCACAUAAAAAUAAGAUCUUCUUUUUAUUUUGAACCAUAAGUCAUUAUAGGACUUACAGAUUCAACGCCAUCUGCAAUACGUCAAUUGCCUAUCCUUAUUUACUGAGGUGCCAAGAUUUUAUACAUAAAUAUAAUGCAAUAAAAGAUAGGGCUUAGGGUACCUACAGAAAAAGCUUGAAAUGGCCAGCGUAGCGUCAUCUUGUAGGGAUGUAAAAAUCUUAGCGUGUUUAGAUCUCAAGGUUGCCAUGACUAAAUAGUUGUUGCGAAUUCGUUUGGAGUCUAGUCGUUGUUCAAACGGAUUUGAUGCGAUUAUUUGGUCGCAUUCAGUGAGUCGCAGUCGUCCGUGUGCCAUAGCCCUAGGUCGCAGCCCUCAUGAGUGUAUCAAUCUGUAGAUAAUGCAAUAAUUUUAAUCAAACUUAUUUUCUAUUGUUCAUGUGUGUCGCGCUCACGUUAACUUUGUUAUAUGGUAUCGGAGUGUUCAUAUCGCUGUUAUAUUUAAUUAAACCAUGUACUGAAACCAUUCCAUUUUGUUAACUUUUUAAGACACAAUACUUUUGGGCGUCGGUAAAUGACGUAAUUUUUUUAUAUCGUAAUUCCCGUUUUGUUGGUUGUUUACGCUGAUUUUUUACCGUUUUCCAGAUUGUAUCCAACUCAAAACGCAAAAUGACGUCUUUAUACGAGUCGAUCAAAGUAGCCCCAUCAUUUUCCAAAAUCACCCCAUUUUAUUGAGUCCUUCCUUCCGCAAGUUAUUUUUUUAAUACCAACUGAUUCUUCCUAUAAGAUGUCUACUUAAAUAAAACCAUUGGAAUGCUUAUUAUCAAACAUUGUUUCAACAGUUUUAUUUAUACUAUAAAUAAAUCUUAUAAGAGUGAAUAAUACACGGUCCACAAAUAUAAUAACUGCCAUUAAUAUUAGCAAGUACCUAUUCUAUAAGUUUAAUAUUGUUUUGUGUAAAUGUACCCUAACUAAGUACCUACAUACAUUAAAAAUAAUAUUAGUAGCCGUGGUCGUUUAAAUGUCUCAAGGGAGACCAAUAAAAUUGAAGAACUGGUAACGAGUUCUUAAAGAUGAUCUAUAGGGGUGUUGACACAUGUUGAAUUUUAUAACGAAAUCUAGUUAAAUAGAUAGUAAAUGUGCAAUUUAUCACAAUAAAUUGGAAACUUAAAAAAUAUAUCGGAAUAAUUUCAAAAAAUAACAAGACGUUAGUUUCCAAUUUUUUUUUACUUCCAAAUAGGAAAAGAAUUAUGUAACCAUUCGAUUCCUUACAUUUUAUUCAAAUAAAUAUUGUAUAGCAACAAUAUACAUAAACGCAAAAUUGCACCUACAGAAUCGCAAUGCCCUUGUUUUCCAUACAUCGAAACGGCUUCUAAGCAAUAGUGACGUUACAUGGUGACGUCACUUUGACAGUUUUAAAAAAGAAACUCAUUUACAGUAGACAUGGGCUUUUUGUAUCUUAUAGAUAUCUUCUUUUCUUAUAAAAAAUAAAGAAAAUUAAAUAUACCUUUUAUAUGCAUUAGAUUGAAACAUGUCCCCCUAGGGCCUCUAACACUGAUGAUGACCAUUACAAGACAAUGGAUUCCGUUAAUAGACUAUUGUAAAUCAGCCUUAACCAUAUAAACCAGUCCAAAGAAAGGCUUAGUGUAAACAUUCCGGUACAUUUGUGAGGACUGCAACUUUUAAACAAUAUGAUUGUAGCCUUAUCCAUAUUAACCUAAAUACUAUUAUAAUUAUUGAAAUAUUAAUAAUAAUUGAUAUAAUAUUAUAUUUAUUGCGACUUA